GAAGAAGACGCCACCAAGCCAGGCAAAGAGGGGAAGAAGAAGGCACAAAAAAAUAAAGUUUUGUUUUCUCCCCUUUUCAAUUUCCUUUUAUUUCCUUUUCUUUUCUCUCUCUGUAGCAACAGAGAGGAAAAAGAAAAGAAAAUCGAGGGAAAUAAAAGAGAAAUUACAAAAGAGGAGAGGGAAGUGGAAUAGAUAGAGAAAAAGGGAAAAGUAAAAGGAUAUUCUUCGUUGUUUCGUUUUCAUCAUUGCAAGAACAUACAAUUGCAACGAUGGAGGCUGGGUAUGGUUGUUUUUCGGGACCUGCCUUCCCCAUCCUCGUCUUCUAUUGAUCUUCAUGUUCCAAGCAUUGUGUCACCGGGACUUGUGAACACGAAAGAAAAGAAGUGUGGGGGAAGAUGAAUGUUCAACCUCAAAGGAAGAGAAAUGAGAUGGGAAUAUAUGCCAGAUUUGGAAGUAUAGCACGUCCAAAAGAACCAAGGUUUGAAGAUAAUGGUUAUGGUAGUGUCAAGUCACUGGUUGAGUGGUUGAACAAUUUGUUUCCAUACUUGAAUUUACCGUCGGAGACAACCGAGGAGGAGCUGAGAGACUGCUUGAUUGAUGGCACUAUCUUCUGCAGCAUCCUGAACAAAUUGAGACCUGGUGUGAUUGACAUGAGAACCGGUUUCAGGCCUAGUGCCGACUAUCUCAAGAGGUUUCUGGAUGCAAUGGAUGAAAUGGGCCUUCUUAGGUUUGUACUUGAAGACAUACAACAGGGUUACAUGUUGCCUGUACUGCAGUGCCUUGGGACACUUAAGGAGCAUUUAGAAAAUGCAGAUAUUUAUUCAAGAAAGAGAUGGGAAGUACGUGAGGUGGAGCUUUCUAACAGAGUUGAUCAGUCACAACAUGGAUCAUCAUUAAACUUGGAUAAUUUUGUUGUUAAUGGUGAAGACAAGAAAAAGAAUCCCAAUAAAGAUACAUAUCAACAUGGUCUUAUAAGUUCUGUUUCAUCAGAGUCGUCUCCUUUUUUGCUACUUGAUGCGGGAAACAAAUUGUCUGAGAUGUUGAAGCAAGGUUUCUACGCUGAGUUUUUGGAUGAUAACAUUAAAGAUCUAAUAAAGUCAAUUAGUGUGGAUAAUGCAUCAACCCACGUGCUUUUCCGUUUUCUAAACCAGAUACUUGAUGAAAGCAUUGACAAAAAGGAUGAGCAUGCUUAUCAUAUGGCAAGGAUGUUAAAGCAAGUGGUGCAAGUUAUUGAACAAAGAGUGUAUGCUCAAGUUGAGAACUUGAAAGAUCAAAACAAUCUUUGUAGUGUUUGCUCUGGAAAGUACCAAUCUAGAUUAAAGGUAUUAGAGACCCUUGCUUCAUGGAGCACAGAAGAAAUUGAGGCUUUGUUUUCACACUUGAAACAGAUAAAGAUGGAUAAAACUGGAAUAGAAGAGAAGGUGAGACUCAAAGAAAAGGAUCUGACUAAUUUGAAGGAAGAAAAAAGAUCUUUAGAGAACGAGAAUUCCGCACUGAAACGCGAACUGGAGACACUGAAGAGGAUACAUGAAGAGCAUUGCUUGCAGAUAGAAACCCAAGCUAAGGAAACAAAUCAAGCAUUGGAAAAGAAGACACACGAUCUUGAGUGCUAUUUAAUGGAUUCAAAUAAGAGGGUGAAACAACUCGAGUCUUUUUCGGAAUCUAAAUUAGAGGGAUGGAAAAAGAAGGAAGAGACCUUCCGGAUUUUCCUCAACAAUCACCAGAGAGCUUUACAGGAACUGAGAACAGCUUAUGCUUCCGUCAAACAAGAAGUGACGAUGACAAAGAAGAGAUAUGGAGAGGAGUUCUACGACUUGGGAGUGGAGCUUGAAGGAGUAGUGCAUGCUGCUGAUAAUUAUCAUUCCGUUCUUGUGGAAAAUCGAAAAUUAUACAAUGAAGUGCAGGACUUGAAAGGAAACAUUAGAGUUUAUUGUAGGGUACGCCCAUUUCUGCCUGGUCAAUGUAAGAAACUAACAACUGUAGAGCAUAUUGGUGAAAAUGGUGAACUACUUGUCUCAAAUCCUACAAAGCCAGGGAAAGAUAAAAAUAGGAUAUUCAAAUUUAAUAAGGUUUUUGGCCAAGCUGCAAGUCAAGAGGAAGUGUUCUUGGAUACUCGACCAUUAAUUAGAACAGUUCUUGACGGAUUCAAUGUUUGUAUUUUCGCUUAUGGUCAAACUGGAUCAGGAAAGACCUAUACAAUGAGCGGUCCUAGUAUAUCAUCCAAGGAAGAUUGGGGAGUCAAUUAUCGAGCAUUACAUGAUCUUUUUCACAUUGCUCAAAACCGAAAAGGCUCAAUGACAUAUGAGAUAGGUGUUCAAAUGGUGGAGAUAUACAAUGAACAAGUUCGCGACCUUCUCACGUGCCAUGGUUCUCAGAAAAGACUUGGGAUUUGGAGCACAACCCAACCAAAUGGGUUGGCUGUCCCUGAUGCCAGCAUGCAUCAAGUAACCUCAACUGAAGAUGUCUUGGAAUUGAUGAAUAUUGGGUUAAUGAACCGUGCUGUUAGUGCCACUGCUUUGAAUGAAAGAAGUAGCAGAUCCCACAGCAUAAUCACCAUCCAUGUCCGUGGCGUUGAUUUGGAGUCUGGCACUCUCUUACGAGGGAAUCUACACUUGGUAGAUCUUGCCGGCAGUGAAAGGGUUGAUCGGUCUGAAGUAACUGGAGAGAGAUUAAGGGAGGCACAACACAUAAACAAGUCACUCUCUGCACUUGGAGAUGUCAUAUUUGCCCUUGCACAGAAAAGUCAGCAUGUCCCAUAUCGGAACAGCAAACUUACUCAAGUUCUUCAGAGUUCUCUAGGUGGUCAAGCUAAGACCCUUAUGUUUGUGCAGUUGAAUCCCGAUCCUGAUUCAUAUUCCGAGACUUUGAGCACGUUGAAGUUUGCCGAGAGAGUUUCUGGAGUGGAGUUAGGUGCUGCAAAGAGCAAUAAGGAGGGAAGAGACAUUAGAGAACUUGUGGAUCAGGUUGCAUCGUUAAAAGAAACCAUCGCAAAGAAAGACGAAGUGAUUGAGAGAUUGCAGCAGCUCAAGAUUAACACCAAUGACACAAAGUCUGUCCGUUUUGUUUCCUCUCCAAGAAGAUACUCAGUUGUAGGGAAUCUGCGGCUUAGUCCCAAGUCACCGGGAAGGAAAACCUCGCCACUGUCUGAUAGGGAAAUCGACAUAUACUCCGAGUAUGGUGAAAAGCCUUAUGAUGCUCGGUCACUGCCGCCGUCAAUUGAUGAGUUAAAACGUGGACGUAGGGGGAUUUCGGCACCACAUUCCAGGCCAAAGAAAGAUUUACCAGCCAAGUUUACUGAAGCAAAGGCGAGCCAGAAUUCCAAGGAUGAUGUCGAGCUCUUCAAUUUUGGAGGAAGCGGAGAUUCUGAUGAGAGAAUAAGUGAUAUAUCAGACAAUGGGCUCUCUAUGGGAACUGAUUCUGAUGGUUCUUCUGGUAAUGCAGUGGAAAAUACUCUUUUCCCUGCUGGCUCAACUGAAGCAACAAGCCCUUCCAGGGUGACGAAUUCAGUAGAAGCCACCACCAGACUAUCUGGUAAUGCAACUCAAGCUGGGAGAUUCACUGGUGCGACUGCUAGGAGUACUCCAGCUACAGGCGCGAGACAACCUAUGAAUAAUAAUACAGAAAGGCAUGUUGUUACAUAUAAUCUCCCCAAACCAUCUCUCAAGGUGACGCAGACGAGAUUAUCUCGUUUGUCAUUGCACAAGCCAAGAACCGCUACCUCAAAAUUUCAAUCAAUGACGUCAACUACCCCCAGGAAAACUACAACGACUACAGGAGGCAACUCCGCAUUAACAACCAGAUCGAUCAGGCAAACGGGGAUCAGGGCUGAAAGAAGUUUCUAGUUUGUGAUCAUAACUCCUUCACAGUUGCUUUAACUUUCUUCCUUGUAGGCUUAUUUUGUCUUCUUGGCUUCCAUUCACCUCAUGGAGAAGGGGGGGGGGGGGGUUUUGGGCUAUUUUGUAACUGGAUGAAAGGAUAGCAUACUAACGUUGUUUGUAGAAUGAAAAUUGUUGUAUGUACUAAGGAAAAAAAAAAGAGAAAAAAAGAGCAAGACCAUCAUCUUAUUAGUGGUUGUUAUUGAAGUGAUGUCUCCCUCACAUCACAAACUUUUGUAGUUCUGUAAAAUUGUUGUCUACACUUGAAAACAAAAUGAAGAUUGCAUAUGUCGACUAAAGAAAGUGAUAGAAGAACAAAAGAAACGGUUUCUCACUGAGCUUAGCUAAGCUCUGUAUUUCACCAUGGCACUGGAGCUACCGGAAUAGGCAGCUGCCAGCUGAGCUAGUAUAUCCGGAUACGGCAUCUCCAUCCAUUUCCGGAGAGUAAAUGCAGUUUCCUCCCAACUAUGGAUUUCCUGGAGUAGAAAGUGGUUGUAGAGAGUAAAUACAAUCCUCGUCCUCCAUUUCUGAACUCUUGGUGGAUGAUGUUGUCUUCGAUCGUGGUGGAAAAAAAGGGAACAAGGAAGAAGAGGUGAGUGAAGGAUAAAUUAAUAGCUGAGGGUAGCUAUUUCGAAUCCAUACUAGGUGGAGUUUUAAAAUCUCUCGUUAUUGGUUCCCUUUCCAAACGAGUUAUUAUGUCAAAAUUUGACAGAUAGAGGUAUUGUACAAAAGUCCUCAAUGCAAUCUCCCACCAACCCCAUAUAGAAAUAAUAUAUGAUGACCUCCCUAAGGAGUGAUAUAUCUUUGGUUAUUCAUCCAAUCCAUACUGAUCAUAUCCCCAGUUUAACCGUUGCAUUUUACUUUGAAGGCAAGUUGUAGAGUUCACGGAUGCCAUCGAUAUCAGCCCUCUGCAAUGCCCGCUUAACUUGCCCGAGGUUCAAGUAAGGGUACAUGAUCGCUGCCUGAUUGUCGCUGUGACGAAGCCCUAAUGCAUGUCCAAUCUCAUGCACCGCAAUGGAUUGCAGAUCCAUUUCCUUUGGGCUUGGGUAAUUGCUCCAUUUAUAAUCUGCGUUAUAAUGGACUUCUCCGUAACGUGGCGCGAACGCAUGGGCCGUGUGCCCAUCAGGCCCUUCAAAUGGAUCCCCGUCUCCAUGGUCGCGAGAAAAAAAUGAAAUUUUCAGGUCAGCCGGCGCUGUAGUACUGGCAACAUAGUCGAACGUGAAUUCAGUUACAUUCUUCCAGCUCUGUAACGCCUUGUCCACGGCUGCCUUGAUGGUGCGUUCCUUCAACCCGGCAGGAGGGCGGCUCUUGGGUCCGAACUUAUAUCGAAGGUUGUUCUUGUUCCACUUGGGUUUGCCACGGAAGAAUCUGUAAUCCUUUUGGUCCCCAUAAUAAUCCAGGGUCAUAACAAGAUCAUGGUCUGAAACGCCACACCUAGGGAUAAUCAAUUGGGCCGUCGUGGCGCGGUCCAAGGAUCCUGAGACGGGGAUGCGAUGAGUUCGUUGAUAUCGCUUGAUUGCGGCCUCCAGGAGCUCAUCGAAUUCGUCGUCGUUUUGGUGCGUCGUGGCUACGUUGGGGUUGGUGUCCUUGUGAUCGUUGAGGUAGUAUCCAAAUUUCUGGAGGUACUGUUUCAGGUCACGGAGCCCUUCAAUGGAUUGGCCUCUGCGGCCGCCCUCCAGUUGCUUGAUGAACCCUAAGGGUGCUGCGAAUGCUGGGGAAUUGAUGACAACGAGAGAGAUC